CACAAAAUAAGACAAAGACUGUAUCAUGUGGGUCUUUUACUGUAUACAAAAAAAAAAAUACUGUCAGCUGUCAAUUUGUCAGCUACAAAGAUUCAAGGCAUCUGUUGUUUGUUUGACAUUAACUGUAAAUUAUGCUACAUAUAAUGAAAAUAAAUUUAAAAAUAAUUUUCUAGUCAUUUUUCGGGGCAAAAUCGUACCACAAAACUUAGUUCAGAAGUGCAGUCUGCCAAAAUUGUUUAAAGAACUACUAAGGCGUCGUUUAAUUGAAUGUGGAUGGAGGGAUCAAGUAAGAAUGCUCUGCCGAGAUGUAGUUAAAGAAAAUGAAGGCAGCAAUGUCACAUUCGAUAUGUUACUAACAAGAGUAACUCCUCAAGCUAGAGCCCUUGUCCCAGACUCAGUAAAAAAGGAACUAUUGCUAAAACUUAAGACCCAUCUUCUUACACAGAAAGAUCAAUAACAUUUUAUUUCUAGGCUUUAUUAAUGUAUUUAAUUUGUCAUUUAAUAAAAUAAUCAGUAUAAGAAAUAUAAUAAAAUUAUAAGUUUACAACCAA